AUGUGGGUGCUGCAAAAGCUAGGAAAAACAGAGGAAACCCGAGAUGACAUGUUUGAAUACUAUAAUCAGCUGUUCCUGGACCAGCAGGUUGAUGGGAAUCGAAUUUACAAAGACCUGAGGAACUAUGUUAAUGCAGUACGAGACAUGCGAGAAGCAUCAAGGCGUCUCACCCAGUCUCUGUUUGAUGUCUAUGAAAAUGACUGGGCUGGAGAGGAAGACCUUGGAGCCAUUGUUGAGGGGGAGGAUCUUCUCUGGAAUGACUACGAGGUAAAGCUGAUAGACCAGACCAUACACACCGUGGAGUCCUAUGUGAGCCAAUUUCCAGAUGUCAAGGAAAAAGUCUCCAAGAGGAGAAGAAAACUAGUCGACUACGACUCCUCUCGUCACCACCUCGAGGCACUGCAGACUGCAAAGAAGAGAGACGACGUCAAGAUAAAGAAGGCGGCGGAGGAAGUAAAUUACGCCAAAAGUGUCUACAUGGGCAUCAACAGUGAGUUGAAACAAGAGCUGCCAGUGCUUUUUGACAGUCGUAUUGGCUGCUACAUCAGCGUGUUCUCCUCAAUAUCCAAUCUACGAGAGACUUUCUGCAGAGAAAUGCGUACACUCGCUCUGGAUCUGCAGAAUGUGAUGAAAGAGCUGCAGGCUCAGCAUCCGGAUAAAGUGUUUGCUGUGAAGGGAAUACAACGCUAUGGUUCACUAAGGAGACGAACUCUGAUGUCACCGAGGGCCUGGAAGGCCAGUUUCUCAGAGUUUCACCGCAGCUACAGUCCUAAAACUGGCCCAGGGUUCAGCCUGAAGUCUCCGGACAAACCUCGGCGCAGCACUCUGUCCAGAGAGAGCAGCACGCACUCGGUGUCCCUGCAGUCGCCACCUCCGGUGAACCCCAUCUCCGAGCACGGUGACCCGGAUGCUGAAUCGAACCACCGUGAAAACCACUGCUCUACUGCAGAAGAGGAAAGUCCAGAGGGGACGUCAGGCAUCGGGCUGAAGUCCAAAGAAGACACAAAACAAGAGGAAAAGUCUGUGAAGGAAGAGGUGCCAGAGAUUGAGCCUCCUGCAGAAUCGGAUGAUAAGGGAGAGGGAGAGAGAGCUGCGGUGAGUGAGAGCAGCUCUGAACUGAACAACUCCUGUGACUCAGAGAGCUUGGAUCUCAAGCUGUCUGCUGCAGUCAGCGAUACUCUGCACAUCGAGGAGACAGACGGAGAGAGCUCCGACGGCCUUAAAUCAAGCAGACUGGAGAACGGAGAUGUUUCUGGGUUGAACUCCGACACCAGUGACCUUCGUGACAAGGAUGUUAAGGCAGAAGUGCAGACGUCUCGAGACGCCAAGAGCACAGACGUUUAAGAUUUUGACACAAGAAGCCCAGAGGAGACUAAAGUCAACAGCUGCACAAGAUGAAAAAUGUAGAAGCAGCUGCACAGAAAUGCCCAACUGGUGUCGUGGAUGCUGGUGUCCAAGUACGGUCUGAGCAGAGAUCUGACGCUGUUGGUUUUUAACUCAAUGAAAUCAGUUGUAAAUACAAUAAAAAUUUAAUCCUCUACCUGCUGUACUACAUCUAAUAUUUUACCAAGUAUAAAGUAUGAACAUUUAAAAAUCAAUUUGUCUAAAGGUUCACACUGUGGAAAAGCCAGUGUUUUGGGUUCAGAAAAAUCUUAGCUUUGAAUAUAAAAGUGAAACCCAACAGUUUUCAUUCUGAGUGAUUUUUCUGCGUUUCCUUUUUUUUUCUUCUGUAUGUUUUUCAUCCACUUUCGAUGCAAAGAAACUAGUUUUGAGUUUCAUUUUUUCUUUCAUGGCUUUGAACUUUGUUUGAUCUUUUUUACCCACAAGAUUAAUUAUUUAAUGCACACGUAUUCUUCAAUAUGCUCUGUCUGUAAUUUUGCCGAAAUGUUCACAAAUUAAUAAUUAAAAAUACAUAAUUGG